AUGGCAACAAAGAAGAAGGGCGCAGCUCAAAGUGCGCACAAGGAGGUGUCUGAUGCAGAGCUUCAGCGCAUCGCUGCUGCCAUUGAGGAAGUUGCGCAGAACUUCCCGCCCAACAUCCGGAACACGGUGAGGCAGGCAGCCCCAUAUCUUGCAAAGGCAUGGAUUUUCCUGCUGACGGCAUUACCGUACGUAGUGAAGGCCAUCAGAGAGCUCCAGAAGCUGAUCGGAAUGAUGCCGGAAAAGAUGCUCUGGGCCAUCCUCAGCUUCUUGGUCUGUUUCUUCGGCGGCAUCUUCCCCGCAACGAUUGCAGCCGCAGAGGCCUGGGCCGCCUGUGGGGGCAUCGAA